AUGGUCAGGGUGGCAAUUGCUGGAGGCACUGGGGGCGUUGGCCGGACGAUCCUCGAGGUUUUGAACACCUCUUCCGACCACCAAGCAUACGUUCUCUCCCGCCAGCCUUCAAAUUCCCCCAACACUCUCACCGUCGACUACUCCAAUAUUCCGGAGCUCACCUCCACGCUCGAAACCAAUCAAAUCCACACUGUGAUCUCCGCAUUCGCUGUCGCGGGCGACUCCCUCGCCACCUCCCAGCUCAACCUCAUUGAAGCCGCCAUCCAAUCUAAGACCACCGAGCGAUUUAUCCCCAGUGGCUACGCAAUACCUUAUCCAGAACAGAGUCUGAAAGUCCUCCCCCAGCUCAAAGAUUAUUUCAAAGCUAUUGAAAUCCUUCGCGCCUCCCGCCUCCAAUGGACCAUCUUCGUCAACGGAAUCUUCCUCGAUUAUUUUGGUCCACCAACUCUUCGAUCCUAUCUAAAACCCAACGUCUUCGUCGUUGAUUUGGAGAGCCGUGUCGCCGCAAUUCCCGGCGACGGCAACGUUCCGGUGACAUUUACCUACACCUUUGAUCUGGCACGGUUUGUGGUCGCAGCCCUAGACCUGCCGGAAUGGCCCGAGGAAAGUCGCGUAGUGGGGGACGAGCUCACUUGGAAUGAGUUCGUCGGGCCGGCAGAGAGCAUACUUGGGACGAAAUUCACCAUCCAUCAUGAUAGUGUGGAGAAACUGCAGCGGUUUGAAGUUACCGAGUUGCCCGGUCAUCGGGCGCUCUAUAAGCAUUUCCCGCGGAAGGCAUUCCAGUGGUUCAUGGCGACUUUUGAGCUAUUCACGACGGAUGGGAGUUCACGGAUUAUGAGGGAGGGAGCAUUAAAUGAGCGGUUUCCGGAGAUCCACACUCUGACGGUGAAAGAGUUGCUGGAGAGGUAUUGGCAGAAAAGGGAAUAG